GUUGUUUCAGCAUCCUGUGAAGCGCAGUGGACAGGUUUUGGUUCGUCGUGUUAUAAAAUACAUUCUUCACAGGGCUGGACCUAUGCGAGACUGAACUGCCAAAAUUUUGGUGGUGAGUUAGUGAAGAUUGAAUCUGAAGACGAAAAUAAGUUUAUAAAAACAGAAUUUUUAAGUGGAGGAGGAGGUCGAUACUGGAUUGGACUUUCUGACCUUGGUAAUGAAGGUGACUGGAGAUGGACUGAUGGAACCGAAAUAACUGGUUACGAAAAGUGGCGAAGUGGCCAACCGAAUAAUCAUGAGGGUGACCAGCAUUGCGGAGCAAUACUAAAGGGAAACUACUAUGGUGCGAAUUACAACGCAGAAUGGAACGACGAAAAGUGUUCCCUAACACUGGACUACAUUUGCGAAAAGUGA